AGUCAGUGCCCGCGGCCGCGCCGCACAACGCGCUCGCUCUCAUUACUUGCUUCCGAAGUAUGUUCUUCACGGAAUCAACUCAUUGCAUAUGAGCAUACAUCUGAUGGUCUUGUUUUCCCAAUUAAAAUGAAAGUUUGUACAAUAUUAAAUCUGCUUAGAGAAAGAAAGUAUUGUAAACAAUCUAAGUUUUCAUAAUAUUUUUGUAGGGUGACGGGUGCGGGGCGCAGGGCGCGGGCGCGGCGGCGGCAUGCAGGAGGGCGAGGCGGUGCUGGCGGCGUCGCUGCGGCUGCGCGGGGAGGUGGCGUGCGCGGCGCUGGCGGGCGGCUGGCUGGCGGCGGGCGCGGGGCGGACCCUGCGCGUGUGGCGCGCGGGCGAGGCGCCGGCCGCGUGGAGCGAGGUGGCCGUGCAGCCGCGCGCGCACCGCUACGCGCUGACGGCGGUGCGCUGGGCGGCGGGCGGCGCGCUGCUGGCGUCGGGCGGCGUGGACGGCGCCGUGCGGCUGUGGUCGCGCGCGCUGGCGGAGCGCGGCGUGCUGGCGGCGCCGGGCGCGGCCGCCGUGCGCGCGCUGUGCUGGGCGGGCGCGCGCGUGCUGGCGGGGCACGACGACGGCUGCGCGCGCGUGUGGGCGCGCGGGGAGCUGCUGGCCGUGCUACACGCGCACGACGGCGCGCUACACGCGCUGGCCGCGCCGCUGCGGGGAGCGCUGCUUCUCAGCGCCUGCACAGAUGGAGUGCUCAAGCUACACGAUAUGGAAGAGGUGGUGUCGGCGGGCACGGGCGGGGCGCGCGUGGCGGCGCUGUGCUGGCGCGACGGCGCGCACGACCUGGGCGCGCUGUGCGCGGACGCGCGGGAGGACGGGCGCGCGGCGGCCACGGGCGGGCACGACGCGCGCGUGCUGGUGUGGGCGUGCGGCGCGCGCGGCGUGCGCGUGGCGCGCGUACUGGAGGGGCACGCGGGCGCCGUCACGUGCGUGCGCUGGGCGCGCCGCGUGCUGGCGAGCGCGUCGCUGGACGGCACGGCGCGCCUGUGGGCGGCCGGCGCCUGCGUGCGCGUGCUCAGAGCGCACUCCAGGUACCUGACCGCGGUGGACGCGGACGCGGCGCUGCGCGUUCUGGUGACGGCGUCCAACGACCGCUCCGCGCGCGUGUGGGAGCUGCAUGCGCCCGCCACGAGCCUGCACGCGCCCUGCACGCCGCUGCAGCACUUCGCACUCGGGGACCUGGAGGGCAUCAGCACGGUGGAGGGCGCGGAGCCGGCGGGCGCGGUGGGGACGGGGGACGCGCCGGGGGGCGAGGGGGCGCGGUGCGUGUGGAGCGCGGGGGGCGGGGGGAGUGCGGGGGGCGCGGGGGUCAACUGCCUCGCGGCGCACGGGCGCUGGGUUGCCGCCGCCUGCAGUGACGGUCGAGUCCAGCUGUACGAAUGGUUGGAGGAAGGAGACGAGGUGGGUGCAGCGGGGGCUGCGGGGGACGGCAGUGACGCGGGGGACGCGGGGAGCGCGGAGGGGCGGCUGGAGCUGCGGCGCGAGCUGGCGGGGGGCGGGGGGCUGCCGGCGCUGGCCGCGGACUUCGGCGCCGACGGCGGCGUGCUGCUCACCGCCGGCCUCGACGGGCAGGCCACCGUCUGGGAUGUCGAGUCGGGCUGCGUUCUUCGUUCGCUAUCGUCGCUGUCUUGCGGCGCGGGUGGCGCGGGUGUCGCGGGGGGCGCGGGGGGCGGCGGCGUGCGGGGGGCGCGCGUGUCCCCGCACCGCCCCCCGCUGCUGCUGCUGGCCACGGAUGACGGCACCGCGCCGCUGUGGGCGCUCGCCGACCCCGACCCCGACCCAAUACAGGUGUACGGAGGCGGCGUGCUGGCGGCGGCGGCGCUGUGCUGCGCGUGGGGCGCGGGGGGGCGGCUGCUGGCCGCGGGGGGCGCGGGGGGGGAGCUUCUGCUGUGCGCCGCUCCCCCCGCCGCCCCGGACCCGCUGCAUCUCGACCCAGACGCUCACGACUUGGGCGUGCAGUGCUGCGAGUUCGCGGCGACGGCGGCGGCGCUGGCGCUGGACGACGACGAGGGGUUCCACCUGCUGGCCACCGGCGGCAGCGACAGCUACAUCAAGCUCUGGGCCAUUCAGUAUACAGAGGGUGACACGACAGCGUGCGUGCGGCUGGCGCGGCGCGUGUGGGCGCACGGCGGCGGCGUGGCGGCGCUGCGGCUGGCGGCGGGCGGCGCGCGGCUCGCGUCGGCCGGCGCGGACGGCUGGGCGCGCGUGUGGGCCGUCGCCUCCGGCCGCUGCCUCGCCGCGCUGCCCGCGCCCGGGGACGCACCGCUCACCGCGCUCGCUCUCACCGACGAAUACCUUGUACUAGGAGGUCUGGAUGGCGGGUUAGCGGUGUGGCGGCUGGGCGCGGAGGCGGGCGCGGGGGGCGAGGGCAGCGCGUCGGGGGGCGAGGACGAGCCCCCGCACGACGAGCCCGCGCCUCGCGCCUGGCGCCCGCCCGCCGUCGCGCGCUGGCUACAGGAGUACAUCACGCGCGCACCUGAUUUCUACGUAAAACCGGAAACAGAGGCAGAGAUACUUCGGCUGGCCAUGAAGGCUGGCUUGACUGGAGCUCGACUUCUGGAUGAUCCUGUAAUUGAUGUUAUAAAGGCACUUGGCUUUGGAGAUGAGGAUGCUAGUGACGGCGACAGUAUAGAGAGCACGAUGGACAUUGAAGAGCGAGAGCGCAUCGAAAAACGCCUUCAUGAUGAAUUGAGUUGGCUUCGGCGGCCAUACGCUACAUCAGAAAUGGAGGCGGCGGCGCCGCACUGGCUGCUGUGCCCGCUCACACAUCGCGUGCUGCGCGAGCCGGCGCGCGCCGCCGACGGGUACAGCUACGAGCGGGCCAACAUACUAGAGUGGUUCUAUGCAGAAGGCGGCGCGGUGUCUCCGCUGUCGGGGCGGCGGCUGCACUCGGCGCGCGUGGCCCCCAACUACCGCCUGCGCGAGCAGCUGCGCGCCUUCGAGCUGCAGCACCGGCAUCUCUACGAGCCAGUACUAGACUACCUAGACGACGGGGAUUUCUAGUAUUACUUCAUCUAUUCUAUAGUUAUACAUAUCUGGUUUCUUAUAAGACUAAAAACUUAUAAUAUCUCUAAUCGCUUCAAUUUAAUCGAAUGCAAUGCCACUUUUCCUACUUAUAAAUUUUGAUAAUGUUGAAAUUAUGUUUAAAUGUGAAUUUGAGAGUUUGAGAUACUUAUAUUUAUUUUUCAAAUAAGUGUGCAAUCAAUGUGACUAUAUUUAUAAUAUAACGUUUAUACAUAUUUAUUAUAUUAACGUUUGAGGGACCAUUAUAAUAAAAUGAUAGAAGUGAAAUAAUAAACCAUAAAAUGUUUCAACGA